AGCCAAUGGCGUGCUUUGCGCUCUCAAUUGCAGCGUGCGGCUCCUCGGCUCGACACAUUCCAUCAAAAAAGCUGCCGCGGCUUUUCGUCGACUCCAGCGAAAAUGGACACCGUCGUUUUGGGAAGGUCGGUACGCAGAGACCUGUUCGGCAUUGUGAACCGCGAGCGGGUGGACCGAGAGUUAGAAGUGAAGCUCCGCCAAAGUAUCCAGGAGGACAACCUGCGCUGGAAUUUCAGCUUCCAGACCGAGACGCCGCUGCCCGGCAGGUUGCAGUGGGAGAAACAGCCCGUGGAGCACACCGCAGCUUUUUACCACGAAUCCUCCUGGGACAACGACAAGUCUUCUUCUCCCAGGCCGGUGUGUGAGGAGACUGUGGAGACCGAACAGGAGAUCUGCUCGUCUAACAAGCGUCCUGCUGAAGUCACCCCUGGCCCAAACAAGAAGACACUGAGAAGGUUUCCAGUCAAGAGCUCACACAAUUAAUAUACUACAAUAGAUGUGUUGGUCUCAAAGGCACGUGUUCCAGCAAAGUUAUACUAAAAUGGAAUCCAUCUGCAUCUGCAGAUUGAUUAUGGCAAUUAGUCUAAGCACUGCACUAAAUAAACUGUUUGAUACUGUUAUUAUAGCAUGUUAUUCAACAUACUUUGUUACAAAGACGCAGUAUAAGAUGUGUAUAUAUAAUUUAGUUCUUUAUUAAAACAUUUUCCUCAAAUG